UCAUCAAUGUUAUGGGGAUCUCUCAUAUGGAUCACUAUGUUACACGUGCAAUAGAUUCAGCCGCGAAUCUCCCUGAUUGAGAUUUUGCUACCAUUAUCAAGAAAUAUUAUGUAGGGAUUCGUCGUCGGUUAAGAAAAAAAGGUGGUUUUGUUUGCUUAACCUCCAAUCUCCUCAGCUCUAUCAAGAUUUUAAGCCGUCUUUUACGCAAGAGAGACGAAUAUUUUUAUUUCACGUAUAAUAAUAAUAAUAUAAAAACUAGCAAGACAAUAACCAAGAGAUUACACUUAGACAUUUACGUAUUAGUUACACAUGAGACAAUAUUCUAAGAUGCAAGUCCCGUAGACUCGGCGCCGUUAUCUUGGCACCAUCUGCGUCACCCCCUCUUCUUUUAUCUCGUUUUUUUUCCUUCUAAAUCGUAAUCCUCAAAACCCUAACCUAACUAAACUAAAAAUUACCUAACUAACCACCCAAAUCAAGAUCCAAGAUUCAAGACAUUUAUCCAUCUCUAACCGUACAUGUAACGCCAAAAUCUAACAUACACACACGCACAUAUAUAUAAUCCUUUACUGUGGUAAAAGAUAAGUAUCUAUAUAACCGAUCCUGAAAUUUUAAAAAUUAAAUUAUUUAGUGCAAAAUUUAAAAUUUUAAAAAUAUAAUUUAAAAAGUAUAAAAUUUAUAUAUACUUAUUUUUAAAAAAAUAUUGAUACCAAUAACAAUGUUUUAUCGGGUUAUGUUUACUUUUUUUUAUCGGGUUAUGUUUACUUUAAAGAACGGUUCUGGGUAUAUAACAUCAAAACUUGUAUGUUCUCAAGGCAAACAUCAAAGAUCAUAUAGACAAAAAAGAGACAUCAAAACUCAUAUGAACAAGGACUAAAUCUUACAAUGACAAAAAUAUAACACAUUAUCAAGUCAUGAGUUAGAUACUAUAAAUGUAAUUAAUUCCAAACGUCAGUUCUAUAAAAUAAUAUAAAAAUUAGAAAAAAGGGAAGGAACUUAAGAGUAGUUUCUCUAGCAGUUAAGCUGACUUCCAAAAAGCCAUAAUCCUCGCUCUCAAUCUCAUCAACGCCAUUUGCAUUCUUUGGCUAUAUAUACAUGCAUGCUUAUAUUCAUAUGAAGCAUCAAACCAUACCUCAAAAGUGCUCUGAGAGCUUUGCUUUAGCCAAAGCCACUCUUUUACAAGAAAUGGCUUCCCCUUUCUUCUUUGUUUUCCUUCUCUCUGGUCUUUUACUAGGAAACACCUAUGCUGGUCCCAAUUACAGAGAAGCACUCUCAAAGUCAUUGCUCUUUUUCCAAGGUCAGCGGUCUGGUCGCCUCCCUGAUGACCAAAAACUCUCAUGGAGGUUCAACUCUGGCCUCUCUGAUGGCUCCUCUGCUCAUGUGGAUUUGAGUGGAGGGUACUAUGAUGCUGGUGACAACGUGAAGUUCAAUUUCCCUAUGGCCUUCACCACCACCAUGCUCUCCUGGAGCUCUUUGGAAUACGGUAAGAAGAUGGGACCAGAACUUCAGAACGCCCGUGUGGCCAUCCGUUGGGCCACGGACUAUCUGCUUAAAUGUGCCAGGGCUACACCCGGGAAGCUCUACGUUGGAGUAGGAGACCCAAACGGCGAUCACAAGUGCUGGGAACGUCCAGAAGAUAUGGACACUCCUCGCACAGUCUACUCUGUCUCAGCUUCAAACCCUGGCUCUGAUGUAGCAGCUGAAACCGCUGCUGCCCUUGCGGCUAGCUCAAUGGUUUUCAGGAAAGUUGAUCCCAAGUACUCUCGCUUGCUCCUGGCCACAGCCAAGAAGGUAAUGCAGUUUGCUAUUCAGUACCGUGGUGCUUACAGUGAUUCCCUUUCCUCUGCUGUUUGUCCUUUCUACUGCUCCUACUCUGGCUAUAAGGACGAGCUUCUGUGGGGAGCGGCAUGGCUGCAUAGAGCAACCAACAAUCAGUAUUACUUAAACUUUAUUAAAUCCUUGGGAGGUGGAGACCAGCAUGACAUAUUCAGUUGGGACAAUAAGUAUGCUGGUGCUUAUGUUCUUCUCUCACGACGAGCAGUACUAAACAAUGACAACAACUUUGAGGUCUACAAGCAAGCAGCUGAGAAUUUCAUGUGCAAGAUCCUUCCAAACUCUCCUUCCUCGUCCACAAAGUACACUCAAGGUGGCUUGAUGUACAAGUUACCUCAGAGCAAUCUACAAUACGUGACAUCAAUAACGUUCUUGCUAACGACCUACGCUAAAUACAUGAAGUCCUCGAAACACACAUUCAACUGCGGAAACUCUCUCAUUGCUCCCAACGUUCUGAUAAACCUUUCGAAGCGUCAGGUGGAUUACAUCCUCGGUGUGAAUCCGAUGAAAAUGUCUUACAUGGUUGGGUUCGGGUCGAGUUUCCCCAAGCGAAUCCACCAUAGAGGAUCCUCUCUCCCGAGCCGAGCAGUUCGUUCGAUUUCUCUGGGAUGCAGUGGCGGAUUCCAGUCUUUCCGCACCCCAAACCCUAACCCUAACAUAUUAACCGGAGCUAUCGUGGGAGGACCGGAUCGAAAUGACCAGUAUCCAGACCAGAGAGAUGAUUACAGCCGGUCUGAACCAGCCACUUACAUAAAUGCGGCAUUUGUCGGACCCUUGGCAUAUUUUGUCGGAAAGUCUCAUUGAAUAGACGGUGUCUGGUCUCUUUGGUUUGAAUAGCCACUCACUCUUAGUUCAUUGCCUUUUUCAUUUCUUUUUUACAAUUUGAAAGGUCGUUAGAGAUCGGUUAGUUUAAAUCCCACGCGCGAAAAGAAGUAAACGGGUUUGGCUAUUCGAAUGUAAACUGUAAUGGGCUUUUAGUUCCAUGGCUAAUCGGACUAUUUAGAAAGCCCAUCUUUGGCUCUUCGCUAAAUUGGUCAGAUUAUAACUUAAGUGUCAAAAUGAGCUAAGCGCUCACUCAAGUUAGUUUAGUUCAGGGUGACUUCAAAUUAUUUUAGGAGUUCCAUAUGUAAACUCGAACUCAGAUUAUCUGAUCAAGAGUUAAAUGAGGUAAUUCGCGAUUAAAUAUAAAAAAUAAAAAACUAUAAAAUAAAUUAUAAAAUAAAAUAAAUUAUAAAAUAAAAUAAAUUUUAUAACAUAAUUUAAAAUUUAAAUAUUUAAAAUAAAAAAUAAUAUUAAAUAUUCAAUAAAAUCAAAACCUAAUAAUAAAUUAAAUAAAAAUUAAAUUAGUGAUCCAAAAGUCUAUUCAACAUACAAGUCUUAAGAUGAUUCAUCUUCAAAGUCUUCAGCUAUUCAAAUCAUAUAUAUAUAUAUAUUCCGCAUGAGAGUCUUAGGAAUACCUUGCUUUACAUUUUAUUUCUAAAGAUAUAUGGUAUGAGGAUUGAUAUUAAUAUUCUUUCACAUUCUUAUAUAUAUUUAAAACUUUUUGAUUUUACAUUUUAAUUUUAGAAGAUAAAUAUGAUUAGUAUAAAAACUAUCUUUUCUUACAUAAGAAAAAUAGAAGUCAUUUACACACAUACGCACAUAUAUAUAAAGUAUAAAAACGACAAAGAUCAUGAAUUAGCUCAUGUUCAUUAAAUAUUGUUCAUAUAACUCAUGAUCUAAUUUAAACUCGAUCAAUAAACUCAUUAAAUGAGCCUAAAAACAGAGCUCAUGCUUAUAAAAAAUCGAGCUGAGCUGAGCUGAGCCAGGUCAUGAGCUAUAACUCAUUUUGACAUCUCUACUCAGAAGUAAACGAGUUUUAUUUAUGUGGUAAAUUAAUCUUCUUCAGGAUUCUGAUAUCUUGCAUAUUUUCAUUGUCUUAUCCAUUCACCCAUGUGUAUUUUGAUCAUAUAGACUAGGAUUUAGCCACGUUUAGGUUGCAUUUUGCAUACAUGAGUCUUUAUCAGGUGUUGGAGUACCACAUGGAGUUCUUGGAGGCAUUUGGGUGCAUUUUGAGCUCAAAAGAAGUGUUCUAGGUGAUCAUUGGACGAGCAGAGCAUGAGAGCGACAUCACGGAGCGACGCCAUGAGGUCGCUCCAAACUACCUCUCAGAGCGACCUCGCUGGAGCGACCCCGAGAAGUCGCUCGCCAUCUCAACCCGGUGGAAGCCGAGAACUGACCCGGAGCGACCUAUCAGAGCGACCACUCCAGGUCGCUCCCGACCCAGAGCGACUUGGACAGAGUGACACCCCGAGGUCGCUCGCAUGUCUAUCGCGUGACGACAACACAAUGGAGCCGGAGCGACCUCUCAGAGCGACCCACUGAGGUCGCUCCCGAAGCCCGGAGCAACUUGUCGGAGCGACGUGCCGAGGUCGCUCCGCGUCUAUUUGUUUGGCCAAAUUUAUGUUUUCUAAGGGCC